GAGAGAGAGAGAGAGAGAGAGAGAGAGAGAGAGAGAGAAAGAGAGAGAAAAUUUUUUUAUUGGAUCUAUUUUUUUCUCUUCUUAACUUUGUCAGUCUGUCUCACUCAAUUCUUUUUCUUUUCUCUUUUUUUAUUAACCUAACUCGAUGGGGUUACAGAAUCUUUCAAUCCUCAAUCAUUGUACACGUUACGUAAUGGAGAUGAUAGUUUAUAAAGAACAGAGAAACGUCACAUACACCGUUGUUCCGAUGUUUCGUAACGCGAUAUCACUUUGAUCGCUCGUUGUGAUUUUAAUAUCUCGUUGUGCACUUUACGCAAAAAGAUUUUUUUCAAAUCUUUUUCUACGCUCCCGUGCUAAUGGAUUUAUAUGGUUCUUUUUUUUUUUCUUUUUAUUUAUUUUAUUUUAACAUUCAUAUAAUGAUGUUACAACGGAAACAAUUUGGUCGAGAAUGCAUGAAAGAGAAAAAUAUUAUUACGAAAAUGGUUCGUUCUAUGAAUUUUGUAUGUAUAAUAAUUCUUUUUACGAAGAUUUAACACCAACAGAAGUGAUCGAAGCACAAAAACGCGCGGACGCUAAAAGAAGUGCUGAGGAGGCGGCUUCAAAAAUACGAGAGGAACGAGAAUUAGAAGAACGUAAGAGAGAACGUGAAAGAAAAAUGAUGGAGUGGACGGAAUUGUUAGAAAAAUUGCAAGAAGAGGAAGAAGAAAAAUUUUGUAUUAUGGGUCAACCGCUUCGACAUUAUUUAGUUCGAUACGUGUUUCCGACAUUGACAAAGGGUCUUAUAGAAGUUGCAAAAUUACGACCGGAAGAUCCAGUAGAUUUUCUAACUAUUUUGGAUGGACGGAAUGGAACGGUAAUACGCGCGCGCAGCUCAACGACGUUUCGCUCGAUUAUACCGGCCGAGUAAUAGAGAGAAAGGAAGAAAGAGAUAGACACAGAGAGAGAGAAAGAGAGAGAGAGAGAGAGAGAGAGAGAGAGAGAGAAAGGGAGAAAGAGACAGUGAUAGCGUGAGAUAAAAAUUCGAAGAGAUAUAGCUGAGCGUAAAAAGCAUCUUCCUGGAAAAAUAGAUAAUUUCUUCGUAGAAAAAGCAAGAAAAAGAUCGACGCAUAUUCGUCAUCCUCGAGGAAGAAGGUCAUUGGAUGCGUUUCCCGAAGCGUAACGAAAAGGACGGAAACUCGAGGACGAUUUUAAAACGUUUCCACGUCGGUAAGUUGCGUGAAUGACUUCACCGAAGAUCCAGCCUGAUUGAUUUAAACGAGACGUUGCGAGGACGCCACGAAAAUACAAUAUUACAUAGUAACUCGUAUCUUUGCAUUUUUCAUAAAAAGUAAAGAUGAUACGUGGAUGACGUACGAGAUGACACUCACUUUUUUUUUCAUACGUUAUUCUGCUUACGCAAUAUGAAAGAAGAUAAUGGUGUUUUCACAUCGCGAAAUUUUCACGGUUAUAUAGUCCAACAAAAAUGGUACAGACUUUCUACUCGAUUUUGCUCUUUUCGUAUAUGAAAUUCCGAAAGAAAAUCUUCUUCGGUUUUGCAAUUUUUAAAUUAUGUAUUGUAAAUCCAAGAUAAACAUCUCUUCUAAAUCCAUACUCCUUUUGAUCGAUCGUAAUUAUCUCGAAUAAUGGGUAACAUUAGUAGAUAAGAUGAUAAGUUUUCAUAAAUCGUAUAAAAAAAGGAAUGCGUUUUUAUAUAGAAUUAAUGACAGAUAACGAUAUCGAUGGAGUUAAAUUUAUUUCGUCUAGACAAGUCAUUGAAUUAAUAUCGAACGAAAAGGAAUCACAACUUCGAUAAAAACAAUUGAGCCAUUCAAUAUGUGAACAAUAUAGAAACGAAACGGACAAACGUAUCACAUAAAGAGUCCGAUAUAACAUGGUAUAAAUUCGACAUUACAGGAAUAAAUCAAUAAGGCAGAUAUUCCUAGGUGGACGAGCCAGGGCUGGUGAGGUCGGUGCAUAAAUUCAUGGAUGUGAAAAUGGUGAAUCGUCUUUUGCCGAUUAAAAAGAACAAUGCCAUGCGUCAAAUAUCGACAAUCGAUCGAUCCUCUCUUGCAAGAAAACGAGAAAAACCUUUCCCCUUGUCUUUAUCACCAUCCGAGCUCAAAGAAGAAACCGGAGGUGCGAUAAUAGUGGUGACCCUAACGCAGAAAUGAUUGACGUCAUUGGAUGCCUCGCGAGAUGGCCUGCAUUAUUGAUUUUAUAUCGCGUUUAGAAAGGCUGCUUUGAAGGACGUCGCGUCUCAAGAAUUCCACUCCGGUAUCCUCCUCGAUUUUUCUAAUGAAACGCGAUAGGAAAUUCUACCUUCUCUACGGGGAACGAUCAUCAAUUAUCUUUCAGCGUGAUCUUAACAUCCGACGACAAUCAACGUCGAUUUUUCAAGUUUUUACUUCGUUCGAGACACUGCCUAUAUAACUAGGCAAGGUCUAUGACGAUGGAUCCCAUCCUCAACGAUUAUUGAACGUUCCCAUUAAGGAUAUCGGUCAGGUUCAAAGAAAAGGGGACGUGCUCAAUGCUCGGGAAAUUGAAGUUUGGUGUAAGUGGAAUCGAUCGAACUACGACUUUAAGCUUUUCUCUCAGGUGGUGGCUCACUGAUUGUGCUUCGAGAAUAUCCGCCUAUGUUGUAAAUGUAUACGUGUAUUGCAUGUCUAUAGCUAAUAGUAAGUACGUCGCUUCACAGACCCUUGAAUAACCUUCUACCGACAUGUGCUUGCCUUAAGGCUCACCACUGUUACCUCUUUCUUCUUCCUCUUCUUCUCUUCUUUCUUUCUUUUUUCCCUUCUCUUCUUUUUUUUUUCUUCUGUAGCAGGUGAUAAAAGGUGGUAGGAUCGAUGGAACCUUUUAUCUUUUUGCCUCGUAACCGAGAUUUUCCAAUGGAUUAUGACCGGAUCGAAUUUCUCUGGGUAAAGUAGCAUUGCUCGAGAAUGUUAGCAAGAUACUUCGACUGGAUUUCAAUCCUUUGAGAGUCUGAUUUGAAUCGGGCUCUCUGAGAUACGAGGCGAUUAAGAACGAUCUACUCGCACCGUGUUUGGUCUCCUCAAACGUGUUGAAAGAGCCCUUUGCUCCUAUUUUUCUAAAGAACAUCCUUGGGAAUUAUUCGUUUGU